AUGCCAGAUAAGAAAAAGAGAGUCGCCGUUAUAGGCGCUGGAGCUGCUGGGAUGUCCUGUGCUGCAACCCUCGCCGCCCACCCGGACAAGUUCGACGUCACCGUCUUUGAGACCGCCCAACACAUCGGCGGCCAAGCAACCUCCAUCGACCUCGAUACCCACAAAUACGGCGCCUCCUGGCUCAACGACGGCGUCCAGGGCGGUUCAGGAAUAUUUCGCCACACCUUCAACUUCUUCCGGCGCUACGGAUAUUCACCGCAAGAAGUCAAAUUGCAGGUUUCGUUCGGAAAAGGGAUGGAUAACUUCUGGACAAACGUGUUCCCCAGUCCGCUUGUGGAUAAAUGUUCGGCUGAAAUCAAGAAGCUUGGGAAGGUGUUGAAAUGGGUUAAAUAUACGUUACCCAUCACGGGGAUAUUGCCUGUUUCGGUGCUGCUGAAGUUGUGUCGCUUCAGUACGGAUUUCAGUAAUAAGAUGGUUCUGCCGUUGUUGGCACUGUUUCUGGGCACGGGGAAUCAGACGCCGAACGUGCCUGCGGGUUUGCUGGAGAGGUUGUUUGACGAUCCCAAUAUGAGUCUUUGGGAGUAUGAUCCAGAUACAUUACUGCCGAAUUUGCCGGCUAUGCAUACGUUUCCAAAUCUCGGGGCGUUUUAUCGUGAUUGGACAGAAGAUCUGAGGUCGAAGGGAGUCACCUUUAGGAUUCAUUGCGAGGUUGAGAUUGUUCAACGAGACAAGAAGAAAGUUGUUCUCAGGACGAAGAGGAAUAAAAUUGAUGAACAUGAGAGGGAGCAGUCGAAUGUGACCGAGCUUUUGUCAGAUACGAAUUCCGAAGAGGUCAUGGAAGAGGAGUUCGAUGAGCUUGUGUUGUGUACCCAGGCGGAAGAUACGCUCAAACUGCUCGGUCGACAUGCGACUUGGAGAGAAAAAUGGGUUCUGGGAGGUGCCAGGUAUUACAACGACAUUACAGUCACCCACUCAGACGCAAAGUACUUUCAAAGCAUCUUUGAGAGCCACUAUCGCGACGAACUCUGUGCCGAACCGACGUCCAAAGAACGAAAAGACCAAAUCUCAUUUGCCACGAGUAAGCCUCAACGUCGCGAAGAUGGUUGGAUCGGAUUCCAGCCAAUGUAUUAUACGCAUGCCUAUCCGACGCAUCCCGACCGGAUUGAAAUGGGAUUUGACUGCACUAAUUAUCAGUACCAGUUCCGUGAGAGUCUUGAAGAUGGCUCUUCGCCGCUGGAACAUGACCGUCACGUUUUCCAAACGAUCUUCUUGAACGACGCCGAAAAGCAUCUGUGGACAAUCGACGAUAUCAAGGACGACAAGGUCAUAGAACGGAAAUGGUGGCGUCAGUUGGGCCAUCGAUGGCAGCAUUAUCUCCGUGUUGUACCGGGAGUUAUGUUUAUCAAUGGCAAGAAUCACACGUUGUUUGGUGGUAGUUGGACCUUGGUGAACAUGCAUGAAGUUGCUUGCGUUUCUGGUAUUGCUGCUGCGUAUCGUCUUGGGGCCACGUAUGACGCUUUUGAUGAGUUUGCCACGGAUUUCUUUUCGAAGUAUCUUCUUCUCGCCCAUGGAGUUCGAUACAAGGGUAGCAAGAAGUAA